AUGGGGGACGUUCUGGAACAGUUCUUCAUCCUCACAGGGCUGCUGGUGUGCCUGGCCUGCCUGGUGAAGUGUAUGAGAUUCUCCAGAUGUAUUUUACUGAAUUACUGGAAAGUUUUGCCAAAGCCUUUCUUGCGGUCAAUGGGACAGUGGGCAGUGAUCACUGGAGCAGGCGAUGGAAUUGGGAAGGCGUACUCAUUCGAGCUAGCAAGACGUGGACUCGAUGUCGUGCUUAUCAGCCGGACGCUGGAAAAACUAGAGGCCACUGCCACAGAGAUCGAGCGGACUACAGGGAGGAGUGUGAAGAUUAUACAAGCAGAUUUUACCAAAGAUGACAUCUACGAGCAUAUUAAAGAAAAACUUACAGGCUUAGAAAUUGGAAUUUUAGUCAACAAUGUCGGAAUGCUCCCAAACCUUCUCCCAAGCCAUUUCCUGAACGCGCCAGAUGAGAUCCAGAGCGUCAUCCAUUGUAACAUCACCUCCGUAGUCAAGAUGACACAGCUAAUUCUGAAACAUAUGGAAUCAAGGCGGAAAGGUCUCAUCCUGAACAUUUCUUCCGGGAUAGCUCUGUUUCCUUGGCCUCUCUACUCCAUGUACUCAGCUUCCAAGGCGUUUGUGUGCACAUUUUCCAAGGCCCUGCAAGAGGAAUAUAAAGCAAAAGAAGUCAUCAUCCAGGUGCUGACCCCAUAUGCCGUCUCGACUGCAAUGACAAAGUAUCUAAAUACCAAUGUGAUAACCAAGACUGCUGAUGAGUUUGUCCAAGAGUCACUGAAUUAUGUCACAAUCGGAGGUGAAACCUGUGGCUGCCUUGCCCACGAAAUCUUGGCGGGCUUUCUGAGCCUGAUCCCGGCCUGGGCCUUCUACAGUGGCGCCUUCCAAAGGCUGCUCCUGACACACUAUGUCGCGUACCUGAAGCUCAACACCAAGGUCAGGUAGCCGGGCGGCGAGGAGUCCAGCACA